AUGGAUGAGGAUAAAAAUUCUAGCGCACACCAUGAACCGGUUGAUGACGUGAAAUCAGUAGCACCCUCCAAUGAUGAGUAUGAUGAUAAUUCUGGUGGUGUAGACAUCGAAAAUCUUCCAGAAAACUUCAUUGCCCCUGAAGUAUGGGAACAAAUCGGAAAAGCACUAGAAGAUUUUAAUUUUGACGAUAUAAAUAAAUUGUCCUUUGGGUCAAUGAAAAUGUGUGUAACGUUUUAUUAUAUGUAUGCCAAGGCAAAAGGUUUCGGAGCACGAAACAAAGCAGUUGUAAGGAGCAAAGUGGAUGGUAAAUUCACAUCAAAAAACCUGAUGUGCAGUAGGGAAGGUGUACGCCAGCUAAAGUACUUGGAAAACCCAAAUAGGAAGCGCCCGUCAAGACCGGAAACUAGAUAUGGGUGCCAAGCUGUAAUCAAGUUCAAGUGGAAUCCAAGUGACGACUCUUGGUUCGUGAGAGACUUUGUUGGGGUCCAUGAUCACGAGCUUGUCUCCCCAAGUGAAGUCCAAUUUAUAAGAAGCCAUAGAAGUCUUUCAUAUGCUGACAAGCUCCGUAUCAAGGCAUUGAUAAAUUCUUGGGUAUCUCCUCCCGUGACAAUGAGGAAUCUGGUUCAACAAGCGGGUGGUCCUGACAAACUACCUUUCCUUAAAAAGUACUUGUACAAUGCUUGUCAAAGAAUUAAGAAGGAAGAUAUUCCAGAUAAGGGCACGGAGGUCGUGUUUGUAUACCUGUUCGGGAAACAGAAUACUGACCUUGGGUUUUUCUUGAAAUAUACACGAGACAGAGAUAAUGCACUGGAUAAACUCUUUUGGUGUGAUGGGACGUCCUGUAAUGAUUACAGGGCAUUUGACAAUGUCAUUGCCUUUGACACCACAUACAAAGUAAAUGCGUACCACAAGCCGCUUGUGGUGAUUGUCGGUGUAAAUCACCACAGGCAAAGUGUUGUUUUUGUUGUUUCUCUAGUUAGCCAUGAAAAGGAGGAGACAUUCAAGUGGAUAUUGGAGCAGUUGACUGAAGCAGGGGAUAACGUCGCUCCUUACACUGUUUUGACUGACGGGGACAAGGCAAUGGCAAAUGCUAUAUCAGUUGUUUUCCCGAAGGCUAUACAUAGGCUGUGA